GGUCAGAGAAGGAAAGGACAGACAGGGGGCUGGACAGAAGGGGCCAGUGUCUUGAAGCAGCUAGAGGUCCUGGAAGUCUGGCUCCCACCUUGAGAGUCUCUUCCCAUAGGCAAUGCGCACCCAGCCUCCAGAGGACAGAGCGGCCCAACAUCUUCAUCCCUGCCAGCCAGUCUGCUCUUUCUCCGGGCCAAGAGCAUCUAGAAGAAACAAGGCACCCCAUCCUCCACAGUCCUCCAGACACGCUGGGCUGACUCCCAUCAUGCCAGGCCUGCUCAGUCUCCCAGCACUCUGUCACUUCCUUCUCCCUUGGGCCUUCACCAUCUUCCACAAAGCCCUGGGGGACCCAGCACCCCACCCUAGCCCCCACUACCUCCUGCCCCCCAUCCACGAGGUCAUUCACUCUCGUCGUGGGGCCACGGCCACGCUGCCCUGCGUCCUGGGCGCCCAGCCUCCCAGCUACAAGGUGCGCUGGAGCAAAGUGGAGCCCGGGGAGCUCCGGGAAGUGCUGAUCCUCGUCACCAACGGCCUGCACGCCCGUGGCUACGGGCCCCUGGGGGGACGCGCCAGGAUGCGGAGGGGGCAUCGGCUGGACGCCUCCCUGGUCAUCGAGGGCGUGCGCUUGGAGGACGAGGGCAGGUACCGCUGUGAGCUCAUCAACGGCAUCGAGGACGAGAGCGUGGCGCUGACCUUGAGCCUGGAGGGUGUGGUGUUUCCGUACCAGCCCAGCCGAGGCCGGUACCAGUUCAAUUACUAUGAAGCGAAACAGGCGUGCGAGGAGCAGGACGGGCGUCUGGCCACCUACGCCCAGCUGUACCAGGCGUGGACCGAGGGCCUGGACUGGUGCAACGCGGGCUGGCUGCUCGAGGGCUCCGUGCGCUACCCGGUGCUCACGGCGCGGGCCCCGUGCGGCGGCCGGGGGCGGCCGGGGAUCCGCAGCUACGGACCCCGCGACCGGCACCGCGACCGCUACGACGCCUUCUGCUUCACUUCGAUGACAGCAGGCCACGUGUUCUUCGUGCCCGGGCGGCUGACCCUGUCUGAAGCGCACGCGGCGUGCCGGCGGCGCGGGGCCACGGUGGCCAAGGUCGGGCACCUGUACGCCGCCUGGAAGUUCUCGGGGCUGGACCAGUGCGACGGCGGCUGGCUGGCGGACGGCAGCGUGCGCUUCCCCAUCACGUCGCCGCGGCCGCGCUGCGGGGGCCUCCCCGACCCCGGCGUGCGCAGCUUCGGCUUCCCACGAGCCCAGCAGGCGGCCUUCGGGACCUACUGCUACUCGGAGUAGGGCCGCCGCCCCGGGCGCAGGUCCCGGGGUCCCGGGGUCCCGGGGUCCCGGGGUCCCGGGGUCCCGGCGGGCCGGGCGGGGAGGGCGAGUGGCGGCGCCCGGCAGGACCCUCGGAAGCGCGGACCGGGCCGCUGCUGGGGGCGAGCGGGCAGCACGGGCCUGGUGGGGCAGUGGCGGGGCGAACCUGCCGGGCCGUGGGGGGCGGGGAGAGGGCCCCACAGGCCGAGGCGCGCAGCAGGCACCGCGAGGCUAGGUCGACGCGGACGCGGGAGAACGCGCGGUGCUGUUGCGCGGGGCCCCACGCGGGGGCGCCGCGCACCCGCCGGACUCGGGUUCACACCCGCAGGCUCCCCCGCCGGGCACGACCGAACGAACGGAGCCGGACGGUCCUGAACGUGCUUCAGGAUGGGUCUGUAUCCUGCCAGUCUCCUCUCCUGUGGGGGACACUCGGACCGCUACGCAGCUGGCGGCAAACGGACCCAGCGCGGGAGGAGGGGACCAACCCGCCACCCACCUGGGUCCUCGGCAGAUGCCUGAGAGCUUGAGCGGUCACCCCCACCCACCCGGGGCGAGACUGGGAGCUGGACCUGGAGCAUCGUUAACGCCUGGAGAAAGGAAACGCACCAAUAACUCGACAGACAAGAUCAAAUGUCAUUAACUCCUUUUUCUUUUGUAUAUUAUUUUAAUUAAUGAAUUAAUUUGUUAUUCAUUUUGCUGUCCGGGCAAUAUAACUCCACCGCAGCAAGCUUGGGCUAGUGAAUAAUUACUGGAGCAAAGGGUACGGACUUUCAAAUGGUGCUUGAUAGGAGUGGGGAAAUUGUUUUCCAGGCGGGUUCUUGCUGUAAUUGCUAAAGAGAAUUCAUCCCGUGGGAUUUUAUAUGAAGGAACGAAUGACAUCUUCAGGAGCUCUCACACAGCAAAUGGGGUGUUUGUGGGAGUUCCUAAGCUUUGCUUUCCUCAUCUUGGCCGUGGGAUAAGAAUCUCUGCCUCUGGAGUUUGCUGUGAGCGGUGACUGAGACAAUGCAUUCGCGGGGUGCCACAGGCCUGGCACACAUCAGAGGCACUCCGGGGAUGGUACCUGUGAUGACUGAUGAUUAUGAUGACAAGAACACUAGUGACAACAGAACAUCAGCCAUCAUUAUUAUUGGAGUUCUUCCCAAGUAGCCUGUAGGUUUGCUUGCCGUGUGGCACUGUGUUCAUCAGGAUAUGCUCAGCUACACUGUGAUAACAACCUCCAAACAGCAGUGGUUUCAAACAAGAUUACUUCUCCCUUAGGCCACCUGUGCAUCAUGGUCAACAAGGGGGUUCUUCUCAUUUUAGUUAUUCAGGGACCCAAGCUGAUCAAACAGCCACCAUCCUAAAUGCUGCCGGUCAGCACACCAGAAGGGAAAAGUAAGAAGAGCUCUGAAAGGUCUUACACCUGCAAUGAAUAGCUGCAGCGCAGAGAGACACCUGUCUCUCCCCUCGACAGCUGUUUCUCUAGAACGAAUCCCAUGGCCUUGCUUAACCAAAAGGGGGCAGAAAAGAGCAACCUACUCAGACCUGGAAGUACAACCGCCAGUAUGUACAGGAUCAGCCCCAGUUCCACCACAGGCAUCAGGGCGGGCAGACUGGUGGGCACCCACUCCUCCCCGGCUCUUCUGGGUUUUCUGAGUUACAGUCUGUACGGAGUCAGAGCCCCAGAAAGCCAAGACGCUGGACCCAGAAGCUUCCCUGAAGGAAGAUGGCUUCCCUUCUGUGUGAUGCCCUCGACUUUGUCAAGAAACUGCAUAAAAAAUGGUCACAGGACUUUACAUUUGCUGCAAA